AUUUAUAUAUUUAUUGAGAGUCUGUCGUCCCGUUGUCAUUAGUUUCUGUUACUACUUCACUCUCCCUCUGUCUUCAAGAAAUGGAUCGUAGAAGUGCAUUUGCCGUUGCUUUGAUUUGCUUUGUGGUGACCGCUGUCGGUGGUCAAUCUCCGGCAGCCUCACCUACUAAAGCUCCGCCGGCCGCGACUACUCCUGCCACUGCUCCCGCUACUGCCCCUGUUAGCAAACCUAAAUCACCGGCUCCAACUGCUGCCCCUACCACUUCCCCACCAACUUCUUCACCACCGGCUGCGGCUCCGGAGAAGUCUGCGGCGGUUCCAGCCCCAUCUAAAUCUGCUCCGGCUUCUUCUCCUCCGGCUGCUGCUCCGGUGAGUUCUCCACCGGCUCCAGUACCUGUGAGCUCUCCUCCAGCCAAAUCGCCUCCCGUUGCUGCACCGACGACUCCACCAGAGAGCUCGGCCUCUCCUCCGGCUCUUGUUGCGGCACCAACUACUGCUGAGGUUCCCGCCCCAGCUCCAAGCAAGAGCAAGAGCAAAAGCAAGAAAUCCAAGAAACACCAUGCUCCGGCUCCUUCACCUGAUAUGCUUGGACCUCCCGCUCCACCAACUGGAGCUCCUGGACCUAGCCUCGAUGCUUCCUCUCCCGGUCCAUCUGUCGCUGCCGAUGAGAGUGGAGCAGAGGCAAUGAAGAACAUGAAGAAGAUAAUUGGAGGGUUGGCGUUGGGAUGGGCAGCCAUUGCUUUGAGCUUCUAGAUUGAUUUUGAUCACAUUCCACAUUCUGCGUUGUAAUUCUUUGGUUGGUGUAUUGAGAGGCGGAAACUCUAGUUCUUUUUUCCUAUGUAAUUUCCCCCAUUCUUUUUUUUUUUCCCCUUCAUUUACCCAUUUUCUGUCUUUUAUUUCUCUAUUAUAUUUUAAUAAAAUCACAAUUUAUUUUACUAA